UUAAAAUAUGACCCAUAUCGAUUAACAAUAUUGUCCUUUAGACAUGAUGUGCACAAGAUUUUAGAGCUUCAUUCAUAUGAAAUUUAUCAAUCUAUUGUACCAUAAAGUUGUCUUGAGGAAAUAUUUCUUUCAUGUUAUCGCAUGUAUAUUUGUGACCGCUUUCCUUCAAAAUAAUUAUAACUAGUUUUUCUUUUAAAUAUAGAGUUGAAUGGUGUAUUUAUUUUGUAUUUCAUAAGAAAAAAUAAAUAAAAAAAUAUAAUUGCGUAUCAUCUAUUAUUGGGGAAUCCCCAAUCUGCCUGCAGUUUUCUUAUAACUUUCCGUGUUGAUAAACUUGAGAAUGUGUUAGGAAUUUCCCUCGAGUUGUUUACUCAAUAAAAUCUAAUCUGAAAGAAAUGGUAGUUGAUAAAAGCUUUUUUUAAUUUAUUAUGACCACUUUCCUCAAUCCAUUUACCGACUAGCCGGAUCUGAGAAAUAUUUAUAUACUUAUUUACAUUUAUAUUAUUUGCAUACGAGUGUAAUGUAAUUCAUUAGAUUCUAUUAAUACUUCAGUUCUUCGAAUUAUUGGUCGUCAUUACAUCAUACUUGCACCUCACUGUAAAAACUUCAGUAUCUACUCCGUUCUCACACUGUGCUGUUGAAUUUGUUCCGUUAGGACGCCAUGGCUAAUACCGUUGAUAGAGAUUGGAAUAUUUUUUGCGAAAACGGAUCCCUUUCGAACUUUGGCGCUUAUGGAAUUUUGAUUUUGAAUAGACCGAUAUGUAUUUCACCAGAGAAUAUGUGCCAAUUGUGGUCUAACGCAUGUUGGAGGAUUACGGUCGAUGGAGGUACAAACCGUUGGUUUGACUUCGUCAAAGAACACUCUCUUUCUCUUCCUCUUCCUAACUAUAUCACUGGAGAUUUCGACUCGAUAAGACCGGAAAUAAUGGAUUAUUGUAAGAAACAAGAUGGAAUCAAUGUGAUGAAGACUCCUGAUCAAGAUUACACGGAUUUCGACAAAGGAUUAAACGUGUUAAUUACAACUUCGCCCAAAAAACUUGACAAUUUUGUUGUUGUGUGUGAAAACUCUGGAAGAUUAGAUCAAAUAUUCUCAAACCUCAACACUCUGUACCGAGCCACCCUAGAUGGGUUUUUGUUCUCCAAAGAUUCCAUAAGCUGGAUGCUACACCCUGGGGAACACAAAAUCCACAUUCCUCCUCCCCUCUGCAAUCAGAAUGAGUUAUGUGGGAUAUUGCCACUGUCUAAGCCAGCUAAGGUUUCUUCAAAAGGGCUCAAAUGGAACUUAGACAACCAUACAAUCGAAUUUGGAGGAAUCAUCAGUUCUUCUAAUACAUACGAUGGAAGUCCUGAGGUGCACAUAACUACGGAUACCACAAUCAUCUGGACUAUGAGUUACAAGCAGUAGAAGAAGAAAAUACUUAAAAUAUACAAAUACCCUUAUUUGUAAAACAAUAAUGGACAAAGUUGAAGUACCGUUUAAUUUUUUUUGUGUAAAAUUUAAUCAAUUAUCUAUUUAUAUUAUUUUAUCUAAUUAGGAAUUAUUAUGGUCAAAAUGAACUGUAAAAUAAUGCUUUAUUUACAUUUUUACUGAAUAUUCAUGUUUGUAUGAAAAGUGGCAUUAUGCUCUUGUUUUUAAAAUUUCUUUUGUUAUUCUUUUUACUUUGUUUUAUUUAUUUGAAAAUCUUAAAUGUUAUGUUUUGUUUUCAAUGGCUUCAAUCAAGCAUUACAGUUAUUCUAAUGAUGCCAAGGUUCCCGUCAGAGAUAAAUGUUGGUAUCCAAUCAGGUGGGCGUAAUUCCAGGUGGAAAAGCUCUGGAAAUAGCACAACCCCACCCUGUGCGGUUUUUUAAUUGCCAUUCCAUGGUGUCUCUUUAAUGUUAUAUGGUGGCAUUUUCUUAAAUGUCUGCACUGAAUUGCUUGUUCAAGAAAGAUCUCCAACAGUGUUAUUAAAAAAUCAGAGGUACUUAUUACACAUAACCGAUGAACAUGCAAUACUGUUUGCAGGAUAAAGCCAGGUUCCAUAGAGGAUCCAACCUCAUUCACAUAUUAUGUGUGUGUGUUUAUAGCCAGCUUUAAGUUCUAAUUUGAUUCCAAUUGAGAAAUUGAUUUAAACAAUAAUAAAAAUGAUGGAAUCAAAUUCCUACCACCUCUGAGAAGAAUAUGGAAUAAGA